ACUGGAGGAUCUCUUCGACGACGAUUUUGAGUCAAUUGACGAAACCAUGGAUUCUUGGCCAUCCGCCUCGCCGAAUCGACUAACAGGCGGAGAAGGACCGUCUGAGGAUGCUGUUACGGUCCCCCUCUUGCCUCCACCUUAUCCGUCCACCACAUGCAUCUCUCACAUUUGCGUCUCAACCGAUCAUGGAAUACUGGUUCUGGCCCGCGUCCGCCCUUCAGUCCGAUGAUCAUCGUUCGUCAUGUCUCGGAUUACCCUUGUGUCUCCCAUACGAGGUCGAGACGCUGGCAGAGAUGGACGAUCGCCUCGAGCAGAUUGUCUGCAAGCUGGCAGAAUGUGUCAAGGCGAGAGAAUGGGGUCUUGGUUUCCGUCUUUGGGAUUCUCAACUGUCGAUAUGGAUGUCAAUGGGAUACCCCAUGAAGAAGGAAAUGAAGAUCAAGCUGAUAUUUGUCUUCUACGAGAUCAUAUUCGUUCCCGGUCUCAGCUCGAGCUUCAUCGAAGAUGCUGGGAAUCAAUUCAUCGGUCUCGUCAGCGAUCGCAAUCUGAACAUCUGGGACUUUAGAAUCCCCUGGCGCAAGCUAUACGACGCGCUGUAUAACGAGCUGUUCCCGCAUCCCCAGCGUUUAUCCCGACAUCGGGUCAACCUUGCGCCAAUGUACCUCAAUGUGGCCGAGGCUGCUCAACGAUUCUUCCAUCCAGGUGAAGUCGACGAGAUGCUGAAUGUCAUUCUACCACCCUUCCAACCCACCAUGGACUCAAUUCUUGCUUCCCAGACAUUCCUCGUCCAUUUCUUGCCUGUCUCCCAUUGCUCCAGAUGGCUACCUCUCGUGUUCCGACUGUGGUACGGCUUCAAUAGUGGUCUUUGGGACGAUCAAGCGUCGGAUCUUAUCGGGCAAUUGGCCAUCGCUCACGUCGACCCUGGUAGAUCCGAUCCUUCGCUCAUCGACAAGAUCCCGCGAGGAGUGUUCAACACGGCUCAAGAGGAGGCACAAAACCCGAAUCAUGCUCGAUCAGAGCGGGCUCACAAAGCUAGACUUCUCAGCGUGGCCGGCGAGGUCAUUGAGGACGACGAUGGUCUCACAUACUGGUCUGAUCCCAACAAGAUGCCAGAGGAGGUACGAAUGUCCGAUCCGAAUUGGUCGGGCAUCAGGAAAGACGUCGGAAUCUUCUCCGAACAGGAAUUCGAAUUCCUCAUGUCAAAGUGUCUCAGAUCACUCAAUGUUCCGGUUGGAGGCAACCUAGCUUCGUCUAACGCUAUGUCCGUCACAACAGCAGAUGCAAGAGCCAGUCGGAAAAUUCUCGACGCCAAGAAGCCGAUCGACAGAGUGCAAUCGCUAGCAGAGACCAUCAUCUUCUGCAUGUCGCACGAUGCCCCUGAACAGUCCGGACAUGCCACGCCGUCGAACAGUGUACACGCAGCAGUCAGCAGGCUCCAGAAUGGUGCCAGUAUGAAGCGAGGCGACAGUACAGACAGUUUGGCGCAAGCUGGAAAAUCAAGUGAUGCCAAUCGACGGUACUUGGCCGGCUGUAAAGCUCUGGAUCACCUCUCUCGCUUACUCACCAGUUGCGAAACUUUCUUUCAUCCGAGCAACUCUGGUCCGUGGUCUGCUUUCCUCACAGUGUUCCUGUCUCAUCUCGCCGGCAAUUUCGUUGAGAGAUGGAAGGCCGAGGAGGACCGCAAUUGCAAGACACCCGUCGCGUGGCGAUUGACACCAGAGAUCAAGCGACAGUUCGUCCUAUGCCUUCGUCCACUCGCCUUGACUUCGAUGUUCAACAAGGACAUGGAAUCCGUGACCCCGGCUGUCUCAGCGCUCAAGAAACUGGCUUUGUUAGAGCCUGACCUGAUCAUGCCAGCUCUCAUGGAACGGGCCACGCCAUCGCUGCAAGGUCUAGAAGAGACACAACGUACGCCCGCUGUCACUUACGCUCUUGCUACGCUUGCGCAACCGUUAACAGUCCGCAAAUUGUGGCGAGUGGGCGGCAUGUACGUUGGCGAUAUUUUCACGCUCCUCAUCCCCGGAAUCGAUCUGAACGACCCCGCAAAGACCGGUCUGAGUUGUAUGGCCAUCUCCAACAUGGUCGACUACAUUCGUCUCUCUGACAUUUCCGAGGUCGAAGAAGGUGAUAAUGUGACCCCAGGUCCCCGAGCUCUUCGCGUUGCCCCGAGGCCGACGGUCGAUGACGAUCCUGACGAUCCGGUUGAGAAUGAGAUGAAGGACUUGACUCUCGAGGAUGCCAACGCUAGGAUCCGAAUGUCGACAGCGAUCUUCCGAGACUGGGUCCCCGAAUUCCUAAGUCGGGUCAUGCUGCUGUUCAGUAAUCUGCCAGAGGAAGGCGGCAAGAGUGGAAAGGCAGGCGGCAAGACGGAGGCCUUGACACUCAGCAGCGUACUGCAUACCUGUGGAGGCGUGUUCGCAGCUCUGGACGACAAGCUCUUUGACUCAGUACUUGAAAGCGUGUUUGAAUACGCCACAACUACCUGUCGGUCCAAUGCUGUGGAUGCGGUCGGGGAACUGGUGCGUAAUUUGGCAGCGGUGAACGCACCGAAAGUCUUCUCCAAAUUCUUCCCAGUCGCCAAGCAGCGAAUCGUCUCCGAGCUCAAAGCGGGCGCAUCUUCCACCAGAACGCAAACCACCUCCAUUCCCUUACCUGGAGACGCAGCCCUUCACUGGUGGCAGUCUAUCCUUCUUGGCAUGCUCAUGCCAGGGCGGGUCGAUCUGACCGAGUAUCGGGAAGAAUUCGUUGAACUCCUUCAGGUCAUGAUCGACUCGACGUACUCUGAACGAGGAUGGACGUGGACUGGGAAGAUUGUUGAAAAGUCAAUGAGCUGUUUGGCAUCAAUCUAUCAUCGCGAGCUGCGGAUGGUGAACCCAGAUGAGCUGAAGAGCGAUGACUUCCGACUCAAUCAUCACUUGUACUGGGGCAAACUCUACCGUGCCCCCGAAAUCAAGAUCGACUGGAAAGUCCCGACUGAUGCCGAUAUCGCCAUGGCCUUUGACAUUCUUCAGCUUGCCAAGCAAACAACCGACAAGGUCGACAAAUUGCUCGAACAACGUGCGGUUGGAGAUCAGAUGUGGAGCAACGAGUUCUGCCGAGCGCUCAACGUCAUUGACAAGACGCUUCGAGGGUCAUACAAUCUCAUCUUGGAGAUUGACGCGCUCAAAGAGGGCGGAAAGAAAGCGGAAAGCUAUCUACCUCCGGACUUGAUCAACUUGCCGGCGCCAUACAAAUGUGGGGUUGUUCUACAGAACGCCAACGAUCCGAAGUACCAAGAGGUGCUGGAGAUUCGACGUCAUAUUGGGGAGACACUUACACGAGCCGCGACCGCUAUGCGUGACGCAGGCCAAUCUGACAACUCGGUAGAGGCUGUCAAGCUGCUCGUCACUACCAUGGGCACCCUCUUGACUGCGUACGGCAUCCGAGCCAAGCAGUUCUCCACCGCUCAAGCUGCACUCAAUGGUAUCAUGGCGACGAAGAAAUUGUAUGAGGGCCAGCGCAAGUUCCACAGAUCAAUCUUCCUCGCUGCUGCUUCGGUUCACCACCAGAAUCGUUUGACCACCUUGGCAUACAAUCGCGUCCGUUCAGGUCUGGAUGAUCGACUCAUUGUUAACUUGCUCGACUUUUGCCUGUCGCCAUUUACGCGCAUCAGAAGAUCGGCCCAACAUGUGCUUGAAACUGUCGCCCGGCUCUAUCGCGGCACCUGGGUGCUUGCUUUCCCCAAGCUGUUUGAGGCUCUUCAACCUGGAACUGAUCCCGACACCAUGAAAGGAGCUUUAUACGUCUUGCGUUACAACACUCUGGGAAUCGCCCGUAUCGCACGGGAUUGGCGACAGCUACCGCGAUUGGUCGAAUGCUUGCUCAGCGCGCAUCACGAGAACAAGGCUUCAAUCCAGACCCUGAUCUCCAAGGCUACAGAGGAGCUUCUCGGGAGCUUGCGAACGACCACAACGUAUGAGGUGAACGUGCGGGUUCAAGAGGUGGAUGCGGCUGUCGGAUCGCUUGACGAAUAUUUGACGCGCAAGACAAGUCCGAAAGUGGUCGAGGAAUUACAUAAUGCACUAGUGGAGAGCCGCCAGUUUCAAGAUGCUCAGUACGACAGGUUUGUCGACAAGCUCAUCACGAUUGCCUCGGACCCGUCUCUCAACUGGCGAUACGUCAUCUCCGCCUCGCGGUUCUUGCUCGUCUGUGUGAGACGCGACAUCCCAACGGAUGUUCGCCUGGCCAAGUACUUUGGCGAGAAUGCUCAGAACCCUCAUCCUCGAAUCCGGGACUUUAGCAUGAUUGGCUUCACCAAGCUACUCUUCACGAUUGCUUUGCGAUCUUUCUGUCAAGGGUCCGAAGAGAAGAUCUUCCUGGAGGAGCCCGAUGAUCCUUUGUCCUCUGAAGUUAUUCUGACUGAUACUUCGUCUGCCUUUACUGCCAAAUACCUCGCCGCUUUCCGAGAACCCCUUCCGGAGGACGUGACUACUGUGCAACUUCAGGAUCGACUAAGCACGGGAUGGUUGGCAUGGGGCACAAAAUUGGAGGUCUGCCGCAUGACUGGCUGGGAUGAGGAGCCAUUCUCCCUUAACCCAAAAUGCGGUCCCGCCGUGGAUGUCUUGCGUGAGGUUGUUGGUCAGGCUGGAUGGUGGCAAAGCCUCGCCGAUCAUUGGGCGAGAGAGGACCAGAGAAACUACCCGUCCGCCGGUCAUAUCGACUUCAUUGUUGCCUCUGCCCAGCUUUUCGGUAAACCAGUCUUCGAUUUCGUUCAGCCCAUCGUCGAAACCUUCUUACAGGAAAUGGACGCUACCAAAGUCUAUGACCGUCACAAGACCAGAGCCAUGUGGGAGUUCCUGGCUGGUCUGAUUCGAGGAUGCGAAGAUUGGCCUGGCAGAGAUCGAGCAGCGGUCUGGAACUGGUUCUCGUCAAAGCUCGCCGAAUUAUUCAGCAACAUCCGACACGACACGACGAAAUGCUGGGACAUUAGCAUCGAGUACAUUCUCAAUGAGCGUGACCCGAGACGCAACAAACCACUCAUCGAUUUCUGCAUGGACACCGCUUUGAACGCAGACUUCAACGGAGGAUCGGCGUUCGACCUAUCUCGCAGGGUCCAGAUUGUUCGCUCAGUCAUUCGUUGCCUGCAAUGGCGAUUCAAUGCCUGGGCAGACGAAACGGUGGACCUUUAUUUCAAAGCCAUUGCUUGCCCAUAUGCCGAGGUUCGAAACUUGUUGGCCUCUGUACUGAAUGCAGUGGAUCAGCUCAAGUUCCAUCCCUCAUAUCCCUCGGCCUCUGCUCUGACCCAAGAUGUCCUUUCAGAUACCAGUUCGGAGAUAGACAUCAUGCGUCUCAAAUCUGGCCCUUUCAUGCCUCAGCUCAAGGGUAUCAUGCAGGAGCUGGAAGUUUUGAGGAAAGACAGACCACAUGGUCCAAAGGCUGUCUUGUCACCCCAUGAUACCUCGGCAGUCACGACGCUCAGCUGGAUCACGGUUGAGCUUUCGGAUGUUCAUGCUGUCGGAAGCUUCCCAUACAUCAUCCCUUUCUUACCGCAAAUUUUCGAACUCCGGGAACUCAACGACAAUCCCGACCUGCAGCGCGUUGCCGGGCGUCUCCUGGCCAUGAUUACGUCGAUCACGCCGCCCUUCGACCUUAUUGAACCACUCAUGUCCAAACUCAUUUCCAUCUUACAGGACUCAUCGUCCUGGAGGACGAAAAUGAACAGUAUGCCUGUAUUGAGUUUGGUGUACUUCCGCAACCUCUCUCUGCUUUCGGAGUCGUGCAAAGCCAAAUGCUUAGAUGUCGUCUCUGCAUGCUUGCGAGAUCCAAAUCAAGAAGUCCGUGAGAUGGCAUCCUCGACACUCAGUGGAUUCUUGCGCUGUUCGCAGCGAGCCAUGGUUGUAGUCCUCAAAGAUCGCUUUACUCGAGAGAUUGACGCGAUUCAAUUGCCGCGACGGAAGGGCGGUCAACCUGGGCAAGUGAACCCUGAGUAUCAGUCCAGAUUGGUCGAGCUCCAUGGUGCGAUUCUUGGCGCCACGGCUCUAGUGGAAGCAUUCCCAUACACUGUCCCAAAAUUCGUUCCCAAACUCUUGGCCGAUGUUCUCGCGCCCCGUGUCUCGGAGCCCGCCCCGAUCUCCACAACGAUAAGGAGUUGCGUUGCUUCAUUCAAGCGAACGCACGAGAAGUAUCAAGACAAAUUCAGUGAAGACGAUUUGUCCGCCAUGAAUUAUGCUCAAGCUGGAAACUCUUACUACGCGUGAUUUGUUAUCAUGCACAUAUGAUGAUAACAAGAAAAGACUAAGCAUCGAUACCCCGCAGUUGGACUUCCAUCAGGACCUGUACUUCUUCAAUGAAGCGCAUCGACAAUAAACUAUGCAUGAAAGCCAUCGAAUCAGAAAUGAGUCAGACAGCUUAUGCACUCAGGUAGACGGUCGGAUGGAGAGCGUGUCUGUCUUUGAUGAGAGAGUACACAAAGCUUUAUUGUAUUCGACUGUAUCAAACCAACUCUCGGAUCAGAUGCACUUGGGCUAGAUCUGACCGCGUGAGGGAGCUGGAUGACCCAACGUCCCGGUGAAAUGUGGGAGGAAGGGGAGCGUCAAUCUUCAGGCCUCCGAGCACCUGAAAGUCGUCUAGGCAUGCGAUCAUUCAAGCGACUCUGUUAGG